AUGGGCCAGAAUACCGAUACACCAGCAUAUCUGAGCUCAGAAAAUGCCAGAUACACCCUCGGCAUUCAUCGUGGCCCACUGGUCUCCAAAAAUGUCGACGAAGGCGCUCAGCUCGCCCACGUCGAAUCGGUCGGGGGGAUGUCGUUGGAGACGAGGAAACUGAAGAAAAGAGAGAAGCUACAGCGACACUGGAAGCGAUUCUGGUGUCUGCAUCUCUUGGUGACGAUCAUCUUCCUGGCCAUUUUCUUGCCCAUCCUAUUCUUGGUGAUCAUUCCUGCCAUAUCCCAGAUGGUUGUCAACAAAUCCAAAUUAGUAUUGGUCAAUGCGUCCGUCUUAAACCCGCGACCGGACAAGAUUGCAUUGACCCUGGUGUCCAAAUUGGACCUUAAGAUCGCACUACCAGUACGAAUUGAUCCGAUCACAUUGGAUCUGUAUGUUCCCGACGCCGGCGUAAGCAAUGCAUGGGGCCAGGCUCAUAUUGACGGCAAAGUCAUCAAGGGCAACAGCAGCUUGGGCGUGACCGAUGUCGAGACACCACUGCUGAAUGCGACCUCCUGGCAAGCAUAUGUGAAUAAUGUCGUGUUUGAGAAAGAAACCGCACUGGCAGUCAAAGGAACGACCAACUCAUACUUGGGUAAGCUGAAGUCCAAGGUCACCAUGGACAAGGACAUCGUAUCACCAGUAUUGAACAAAUUCAAAGGAUUUACAAUCUCCGACACUGGACUGGUUGCAUCCCGCGAAGACGGCACCAAUCUGGUUGGCAAUGCCACGCUUCCCAAUCCCUCAGUGCUGACACUCGAUAUCGGCGACAUCCUGCUCGACGUGAAAAGCGGUGACAUCGUCCUUGGAAAUGUGACCCUCGAGGAUGUCACCCUCAAACCAGGCAACAACACCUUCCCUCUAGCUGGAAUCCUUGACAUAGGCACCAUGCUCAAGAAACUCCGUCCAGUGCUCGCGUCGCAGGCCUCCGCGCUCAAAACUGGCAACUUAAAAUUGGAUACAGUGACUCGAUCCAUCCACUGGAAGGGGGAACUGGUGCCAUACUACACCAAUGCAAUGAAACAGGUAACGCUGACGGCUGAUGUGGCAAUUGCCGAUCUACUCAAGAACACUCUCCACAACCUUCUCAGCGGCAACCAGACCGUCAGUGAUAUGCUUGGCUCUAAUGGCGAGACGAGCGAUCUACUCGCCACACUUAAGAGCGGCACAAAGCGCAGUGAUGACAGCGACGACAGCGCGUCCUCCGACGGCUCCGAUCUCGCAUCGAAGGUCAAGGACCUCGAGGCGCGUGAUAUGUUCCGCGACAUACACCCGACCAAACGGGACUCGAUCAUAGACAGUCUGGCCGGGUUGUACAUGAAGCUGUGA